CCUCUAGCGACCUAUCAGUCACACGAAAACGCUGUGAAGAAGAUAGAAGCGAAAUGGGACCGGAGGACGACGAGGAAGUGCCGCUGGCCCUCGCUCUUGAGGAUACAGGGCCAGCUGAGAGGCAGGAGGUCGAGCAGGAUGGAGAGCGUACUACGGUGCCUGUGACAAUUGUGACAGGCUUUCUUGGUGCGGGCAAGACGACUCUGGUGAAGCACAUCCUGACAGCAAACCACGGGUACCGCAUUGCGGUGAUCUUGAACGAGUUUGGCGAGGAUGUGGGGAUAGAGAGCAGCUUCGUGCAGUCGCAGGAGGGCCUGCAGGGCACGGACGGCGAGUGGGUGGAGCUGACCAACGGCUGCAUGUGCUGCGCCGUGAAGUCGGAUUUCCUGCAGGCGCUUGAGAGCCUGCUUGAGCGGCCGGGCGGGCGGCGCUUCGACUACAUCCUGAUAGAGACCAGCGGCCUGGCCAACCCUGGGCCCAUUGCCACGGCGCUGUGGACGGACGCGGAACUGGAGAGCCGCGUCAACUUGGACGGUGUGGUGACGGUGGUGGAUGCAGUCAAUAUUGACCGCCAGCUGCACGAGCCGCGCCCCCGCGGCGCCGUCAACGAGGCGCAGCUGCAGGUGGCCUACGCCGACAUUGUGCUGCUGAACAAGUUGGACCUGGUGGAUGAGGAGGCGCUGAUACGCUCCGAGGCCGACAUCCGCGCCAUCAACAGCGGCGUCAAUAUUGUGCGCACCAGCCGCGCGGUGGUGGACCUGGGGCUCAUCCUCAACCGCAACGGGUACAGUCACAAGGGCGAGCUGGUGCUGCCACCUAUCGCCGAGGCGGACGACGAGGCCGAGGACUCGGGGCACCCGCGCGGUGGCGCCGGCGUGGGUGGCGAGCGCAGUAGCACCGCUGGCGAGGCGCCCAGCCUGCGCCGCCGCUCCACGGGCGUGUCGUGCUGCUCCUCGCGCGCGCACUCCUUCCACGCCAAGUCCGGCGCAGCCGCCGCCACCAUUGCGGCGGCGGCAGCUGCCGCUGUUGCCGCCUGCGGGGGCUCCAGCGCCGCCGGCUCUCGCGACCUGUCUCCGGCGGGCUCGCUGGCGCCCGUCUCACCGCUCAUGGCUGCCGCUACGGCCGCCGCAGGGAGAUUCUCACGCGCCUCGGGGGACGGCGCAAGUGCGUCGCCGGGGUUGGGCGCCAACGCGCCCGAGGCCACUCCGGACCACGUGCACGACAACUCUGUGUCCACCAUCAGCCUGCGCUGCGAGCACCCCGUGGACCUCGGCAGGUUCAAGUCGUGGGUGGACCACCUGCUGUGGGACCGCGAGUCGCGGCCGGACGAGAUCUACCGCAUGAAGGGGCUGCUGUCGGUGACCGGCUCGGACAAGAAGCACAGCCUGCAGGCUGUAUACGAGCUGUACGAGAUUAUGCCGGGGCCGGCGUGGCAGGCGGGCGAGGCGCGCGUGUCGCGGGUUGUGCUUAUAGGCCGCAACCUGCGGCCCGCCGCCGUGAAGCAGUCGUGGGCUGACUAUGUCGAUUCACCCAAGAGCUAAGCACCGGAUUUUGACGCCGCCGCCGCCGCUGCUUUGUGGCGAACUCCGACCCAAUGCUGCACAAGUGAUUUGCCGGGGUUUGGCGCUGGAGGCGAAGUUGGGGGAUCGUGACUGUGCUGGGGGCACAGCACUUGCCUCAGCUGACUUGGCUGCUGAAAUGGUGAAGUCGAGGCGUUGUUAGGGUGAUGUGGGCGAGAACGGCGUGCGCUUGCGACUUUCAGGUGUUGCGCUUACAAUGCCCUCCACGGGUGCGACAUGCCCCCAUGGUAGGCACAACCAUACAUUCGCAUUCAUUGCUUCGUUGUUGCGGGGUUGACCACGGCACGGAAAGGGCGGGUAACGUAAGGCUCUGGAACGUUGACAAGUUUCUUGCUUGGAAGGAAUUAUUAUUGGUCCCUUCAAGUCUGCAACAUACUGACAUGCUAGAUACCGUAUUGUCGGCAGCGGCUCGUGGCAGCCUGUGGACUGUCUAAUAAGAAGGCCCUUACUGUGGACGUGGACCAGGCCCGUGUGGCUUGUGUGUUUGCAUGGUCCUGCGGUGCGACAUGUGCCUUUGUUGAUAAGAACUCUGGCAAAUGGAUCAUGGCAUAAGUGUGCGACGUGCUGCCUAAGUGAGUUGUGCCGCAUGUGCCUGAGCGUGUGUGUUCCCGGUGGCUGGUUGGCUUCGGUUCACGCUCUGCCCUUGCCGUGCGCAGGUGUCUGUCACCGUACCGCAUUUCACAACAGAACCACAGUAUCGGAGCUGGUGGUCAGCUGCAUUGCAGCCUGCUUCGAAUAACAAACACAGUUUGCAGGGGCGGGAGUGGGCGGCUGGUCGAACGCCGGAGUUACUGUACCGAAAAGUUGCUGGCUGGCGCAUGGUUGCUUGGGGCUAGCUGCCUGCGACGGCUGGCAUGGCAUGGACGUGUUGCAGGUGUAGGUUGUCGGUGCUGUUGGUCCCGGUCCAGCAACAGGGUGGGAAUGUGGGAUGCGCUUUGUGCAGACGUGUAAGGCAAGGAGUGCGAGACCUCAUCGGUUGUCGUGGCCGCCUGGUGGGAGUGCGGGGGUCGACGUUGGCGCGUGACUUCGGGCCAGCGGCGUGGGCACUUCAUGGCCUGGCACGAGUAGGUUAUCGCGCUGUUCGCCGACGCAACUUCCCAUACUGCUUG